CCAUGCACGGCUGUCAAUCAAUGUUGCUAUCUCCACCGUCUUCCAAUCUUGCUCAUCAACAAAAUGGUUCGCCAAUACAAUCUUCUCAUUCUCGAAGUGAUCGUAUUUUAUCCAAUUCUCCAACUGUUUUCCCAAUGUCUAUGGCACCCCCUUCUGCAAACAUUCUUUUGGAAGCUUCACCGACUAUUCAACCAACAAUGCCUCAUAAUAUGCAACAUAAUACUUCAGUUAUUCACUCUCUUACUUCACACCAUCGUUCAUCGAUUCCUUCUGAUAGACCCCUUACUACGGCAGAUCAACGUGAAUUAGCCCGUAAAGUUUCCCAUUCUGCUAUUGAGAGGCGCCGCCGUGAACGUAUUAAUGAUAAAAUAAUGCAAUUAAAAGAAUUAAUUCCAAGUUGUGCAGAUCAAGAUCAUUUAAAUAAAUUAUGCAUUUUGCAGAGUUCCAUUGAGUAUAUUGAGUAUCUACAAGAUCUAGUUGUCACUUAUCGACAACGAGAAAAAGAUGGCGGCAGAACCGAUGAUAAAAUAUCAUCUGAAAAUGGCCGAAAACGAUCUAAAUUUGAUCGAUAUGAUAUUCUACCAUCAUCAAAACUAUCUUCAAGAAGAUUUGAAAUUCCUGAAGAUAAAGAAUAUAAACAUAAAAAUUCUGUUAGUUCAUCUACUUUGUCUACCUCUCCGGAUCAGUCGAUGGAUCCUGUUGUGAACACGGAAAAAGUUAACAAUGAUAAUACCGACUCUACAUUAAAGGCAGAUAUAUCAGAUAUUACACCAAUGCUAUUGGACCAAGAAGAUGCAGACGCUUUGUCGUCAAAGUCAACUUCCACUGUACAAAAAUCAAAAGCAAUAAUAAAGUCGACUUAUACUGUACAAGAAUCCAAGAAAAUAAUAACUACAAGAAAUUCUGAGACACAAACUUCUCCAAUUCAUGACUGGGGAAAAUCUUUUAAAGAGUUAAAAGACGAGCAAGAAACACAAGCAUCUUUAUCUUAUGAAU